GUUUGGGUGAGACUAUUCCACCGCGCCCCGCCAUUUUCCACGCGCCAUGGAUGACAAGCGCUGGCUGCUGCUGGCGCUCGCCGUGUGCGCGGCGCUGGUUUCGCUGCGGGAAGGUGCCAAGGCAAAAGCAGCCAAGGCCGCGACGGCCACGGCAAAGGCGGCAGCCGCGGUUCUCGCGGUGAAGGAGCCGGAGGCGGUGGUCGUUCAAGUGCUGAGCUUCCUGCUGCCGGCGCUGGGCCUCGAGGCCUGCGCCCUGCGGGGCCUCUGUGCGGCGGCGCUGGCGCAGCUCACGCCCCGCGCGGUGCAGUUCGCGGCGGAGGACGCGCCUUGGCUAGCGGCGCAGAUGGGCGAGCUGUGCCUCGCCAAGAUCGCCGCCGUAGGCGGCGCCGCUGGCUGCGCGGAGCACGCGGUGCGCCGCGCCGUAGCGGUGGCGAAGCUGGCGGACAGGCGUGAGCUCUGGGCCGCCGACGCCAUGGGCAACUCCGCGCUGGUGGCGGCGGCCUGCUGCUCCCGGCGCAACGGCUGGGGAUGCGAGCUGCUACGAGCCCUGCUGGAGCAGAGGGCGGAUCUCGAGGCACGGAGCCCCGACGGGUGGAACGCCCUGAUGUGGGCGGCGAAGCUGGGGAAUCCGGAGGAGUGCCGCCUGCUGCUGGAGGCCCGCGCCAGCCCCAACGCCGUAUCGGUCGACGGUACCUCGCCCUUGCUUUGCGCCGUGCGCGCGGACAAGACGCCGCUGCAGGUGGUGCAGCUCCUGCUGGCGUCCCGUGCGGAUCCUAAGCUGGUGCCCAUGCAGAGCCCCUUCGAUGAGCACGUGGACAUGGACGUGCGCGAGGCCCUCGCCCGCGCGCCCCACCAGCGCUGAAAAAAA